AUGAUAUUCGACCUAGGCCUGCGCGAGGAUGCGGAGAACUAUAUCCCUCCUGUAGCCGAAAGAAUUCGCGCACGAGUAAUCAUCAAUGUUAAGGAGGAUGUAUUUGAUAGCCUCGCAAACGCCAACAUAGACCUAAAAACGGACAUUUACGUGGUUAUCUUUUCCCAUCUGCACUAUGACCACGUCGGGCACCCGUCGAAGUUCUCAGCGCCCAAGACAAAAUUCGUCAUUGGACCAGGCGCAAUGAACGCGCUGCUUGCGCCGCCCAAACACGUACCCGGCAGAUCCAGAUUCGAUCUUUGA